UGGGCUCCGUGGGUACUGGUCGAGCGGGCUUGAAAAUGUGACAAAGUAAACGAAACACGGGCGGAGAUAGCAGCACCAGGGCGGUACAGCGCGUGUGUACACUUCUACUGUUAGCGUUUUAACGUUACUUCUUUACGACUUGAAUUCGUUUGCUUCCUCUAAACGUUACCGUUUUGUUUUGACCGUUUUUGUGAAUCGAGUUCUGCUCCGACUAGAAGAUGAAUUCAUUGGGCAGUUCUUCCAAAUGGCCGUCUUAUGACUCGCUAAGCUCCACCUCUAGCCAUCUCUUGAGUGAGAGCGAGCCGACUGAGGAUGAAGCAGACGUCUUCUCAGAGGGAGAAGGCGACGGUGGAAUGAGAAAGAGUCUCCCCGGUGACAGCGGGAUCACACUCUCCGGAAAGUAUCUGGGUUUCCCGGCUCGUUCGGACCAGCUGCACUCAAGGUCCAAGAGCGAGCAGCCUGAUCGCUGCUCUGACGAUACCAAGCGUCCAGACCCAGCCUCCUCUCACGGAGCUGCCACGUUAGGCUCCUCUUCAGCGACACCCGGCGACCUGGCAUUCGCACAGAAAUGCGCAGAUUUGCGGAGGUUCAUCUGUCCUUUGGUGGAACUUCUACACGGGUUGAAGACCGGGCGAUUUGACAAAGGUCUAUCCAGUUUCCAGCAGAGUGUUGCCAUAGACAGAUUGCAGAGGAUUCUUGGAAUUCUCCAGAGGCCUGAAAUGGGGGAGAGAUACCUCCAAAACCUGCUGCAGAUAGAGAUGAUGCUCAAAAUAUGGUUCCCUCGGGUGGCAUUUCAGUCCACAGUUAAACCAAGCCAGACCAGCACUCCCAGUCUCCGACCACACUGGUGCCAAAACCAGCUCCACAUGCCAGUUAAGAAGAGAAAGCUGAGCUGGUCUGACCCUGAGGAACCCAGCAAAGUCCUAACAAAGCAGAAGCGCUGUCAACACGGAAAACAUGGGAGCUGCCAGGCUGCGACUCCACUUCCCACAGCUUCCACAUGUCUACCAGGAUCGCCUAAGAAGCAGAGAGCUCCAGAGGAAGGAACAGUUGAAGCUGAGCACGACUUUACAUACAGCACUGUCACUUUAAGCAGGCCCUUAUAUUCAAGUAGCACGAGAGAAAAUGAGAAUCGGAGUCAGUCUGAUAUUGCUCUGCCCAGCACUUGUGAAAGCCCGGCCACACAGGACAGCUCCGUGUCCUCCAGUGACAUCAUGACUACAACUUACUCGACUUAGCUGUCCUUAGAUGCCCUCGCUACCACAUGGAGGUGCCACUGCAUGAGUGAAGAGGGCGGACUUGAUUACAUAAGGAUAAAGUUUGACGCAGAGCCAGUCUGUGAUGGCUGCGAGGCAUGUAAAACAAGAUGAGGAGGAGGAGGAGUAAUGCAGUGGCACACUUGUUAACCCUUAACUCUCCGGUGUGUGUUUUUUUUUUUUUUUUUUAUAUUACACCAGAGUUAUUGCUCUACUGUGUAUUGUCUGUCUGUAAGAGUAUCACUUUUUGUAUACAUUGACUUUUACAAAGUUAAAACCAUGUUGGAAAUACUUUUCAUGUGUAAUGUUUUAAAGCAGUCCGUGCUCUGUUUUGUAUUUUUUCACAUCAUUGGAACGCACUUUGACAGUAAUAGUAUAGGAUUUCACAACACUUGUGAAAAACUUAUAUCGCUUUUAUAAAAGUGAGGAAACGCAGUUUAAGCUGAAAACAUUAGUCAGUUGUCCAUAAAAUAUUAUUUUCCAGCAGAAAUGCCCCAUAUUUGCUAGUUUCAGCUUCUUAUAUAAGAGGAACCAGUUUGAUUUUUUUUAGCCCUACUACACAGAUGAUUAAAAUGUAAUUUAGGGAAAGUUACAACUGUAUGUUGCCAGCUGACUGAUUGGAACAUAUGGUGGAGCAAAGGCGUUUACUUGAUGUUACAUUACAAAAUGUGCCAAACCAAACUGCAUUAUCAUAUCAUAUGCAACUUACUUCACUGUCACCACUUCUUUAUUUAUUACCACGUAACAAACAAACACACACAACAUUUUAGUUUCUAUGUAAAUAAGAAUAAAUGUAGUUGCACUUUUAGUUAAAGAGCAACAUGUUGCACAGGAAAUACCGCGAUCUGACUGAUCACUAAUGAUUGAGGCAGUUGAGGAAAUAUGAGCUCCGUGGCUAGAAGUUAACAUCAGUCAGUUACUCCAUCAGUCAGUGAGUGAAAACUUAACAUUUUAUUACACAAGUGAGAUUAAAGUGACUAUAUUUUUAUAUUUUAGAACAGGCAUAAUAUAUUUGAUCCCUUGUACAUUGGAAUGGAUUUACCUGCAUUUUGGAUGAUAAUUUGUUAACAUCAAAGAGUUGUGACAAUACUUAUUAAAGAUGUUGAAGAGGA